AUGGAGAAUCGGUCCUGUAGUUGUAUUCAGCUGAUAAUUAUUACUGUACUGUUGACUAUUCAGUUCCCAAACACAGUAACUGCAGCUACCACGACAGUAACAGGAUGCUCCGGGCAGACCAUAUCAGGGAAAUGUCCAAAUGGUGGUAUGAUAAGACUCACGAAAUACAUCCAAGGGGCGUAUGAAGGAAAUGGUACAUGUGAAUACCUGGAGACACACUGUAGAGAUGAAACUGUGAAACACAUGGAAUUCUACGAACGGUUUAUGAGGAAGAAUUACUCGGCCUUUGAGGACGUGGUUCCGAAUUUUACAACUGGUUGUGCUGGAAAUUCAAAAUAUAUUCAAUUGGAAUAUGAAUGUGUACCAGCUAGAAAAAUAACUACUAUUUGUAAUUCACUAUCAAGUGCAGUUAAUGAAAUCCAUAUAAUGAAUAGAAUGUACCCUGCAACAGAAUCUGGGUCGCCUUGUUCGUGUGCGAUAUCAUCAACUGAUGCUGAUAAAGGGGACGCAGUCAUCACACUAAUGCGAUCUGUUGGAUUCAACACGGGUGAUGGCGUCGUUCUUCAAGGUGGAGAGCGGAAAUGCUUGGUUCCUUUUGGACAGUUUGAGAGUAAUCUUGGUGAAGUAGUCUAUGAAGGGAACCUGCCAAUAAACAUUUCGAUCGCUCAAUCAUUUUAUAUGAUGUGGCUUGUGAUAGCAGCUCGGAACGCUGGAUCUAUUACGUUGGACUGUGAUUCAACUGUUGGAGAAUCAUCAUCCCCUAAAUAUGAAGUUUGUUUAACUUCGACAACAAUAUCACCGUCAACGGACCAGCUGACCUCAAAAAUCAACCCAACAUCAACAUUGUCGACACAAUUGAUGACAUCGAACAACCCAACAACAUCAUCAACACAAUCGAUGACAUCGAUCAGCCCAACAACAUCAUCAACACAAUCGAUGACAUCGAACAGUCCAACGACAUCAUCAACACAAUCGAUGACAUCAAAGAAUUCAAUAACAUCCUCAUCACAAUCACUGACAUCGAACAGUCCAACGACAUCAUCAACACAAUUGAUGACAUCGAACAACCCAACAACAUCAUCAACACAAUCGAUGACAUCGAACAACCCAACAACAUCGUCAACACAAUCAAUGACAUCGAACAGUCCAACGACAUCAUCAACACAAUCGAUGACAUCAAACAAUCCAAUAACAUCCUCAUCACAAUCAAUGACAUCGAACAGUCCAACGACAUCCUCAUCACAAUCAAUGACAUCGAACAGUCCAACGACAUCAUCAACACAAUCGAUGACAUCGAACAGCCCAAUAGCAUCGACAAUAGAAACGGUGAAAUCAAGCAAUCAAACAACAUCCUCAACACAAUCGAUAACAUCGAACAAUCAAGAAACAACGUCAACACAAUCGAUGUCAAAGAACAACCAAACAACGACAUACUCAGUGACGUCUGGUGAACAAUCAAAGACAAGCACAUCACCAUCAUCUGAUUACACGACCCCAUCUUCGAAUCAGAAUACAAAUGUUAUCACGGAUGGCACAACCUCUGGAGGUGAUGUUGACAUUGAACCAACAACUGCUGAUACAAUAGAUGGCGAUGGAAUAAUAACAACGCAAACAUUGAAUACUAAACCAACUGAAUCAAAUAAAGAUGCGCUUGAUCUAGGUUUGGUUAUUGGUAUAGUGGUUGCCAUCGCUAUUUUAUGUGUCAUCCUGGUCUUAGUGGCAUGUGUCGUCAGAAAACGUCAGAAACGGAAGAGUUCCAACGAUGGAAGGAUCGAGUUGGACUCGAAUAUGAAUUCCAACCAGCAACUUCAAGCUAAAGGAAAUGCUUAUGUUACGCAUAAUACGGAGACAAAAUCUGAUAACGGUGGACAUAGCAAUUAUGGAUACGUAUACACAGAUGAGCCAAUGAGGAGACUUCCACCGGAUGGAAUGCCUUCUAGUGAUAACGGCUAUGAUGGUAUUAGAAUACCUCCCGUUGGUACUGACCAAACAACUGUGCUACAAGAUGAAGCUUCAAAUAAAAAAGGACUCCCUACUAUACAAGAGGCUAAUGAACCGAUGAAUGCUAAGCUUGGUGCUAAACUAAAAGGAACCGAGGACAUGUAUUCAGAAUUAUCGACUGGACCACCAGAUGGGGCGCCAGUUGAAAAAAAUCCUGUGAUAGCGGGUAAAGCAAGGAGUGGCCAGAACUCCAAGAAAGUUACAUUUGAGGAUCACCCUACAGAUAUAGACAAUGAUCACAACGAUGUCAGCAAUAAGGAAAACAAUGCACAUCGUGAUGGCAUUGAACCUAGUGGGUUUGAGAUGGUCGACAAUGAUAUAUAUAAUAGUACAGAUGAUAACAUAGAUAAAGAUCGUGAAUUAGCGAAAAGCAACCACAAUGAAAGUGACAGAGUUGUAGACGUGGAAAUGAAUGACAGUGACAUCUAUAGAUAUGUUGAUAAGUGCUUUAAUGACAUUGACUUUGUCGAAAAUGAUUUAUAUAAUUUAGAGUCAUAAUGAAAAUAAACGUGCAAUCCGUUCAUAAAUUUAUUUUAUAAUGGUCGUCGAUUCAUGUAACUCAAAGGAUGGUCUUUUUUGCAAAUGGAGAGUUAAUUUAAAGAGAGACACCCAGUAAGACACCUGUGCCUCGAGGCCAAAUACACCUGACACGAUUUUUAAGACAUUUUAAGAAGUUGCUAGUAGCCUUGACUGAAAUUAUUCUAAAACACAGACCCUACCCACGACACUACCCUACCCUUCAGUAAAUAUUACCAUCUGAAAAUGCUUAGCGUGUUAUCCGUUUUGAUAGUUUGAUAUCGUUUCAUGAUUACAAGGUAGAAGAUCGAAUAGUGAAAAUAUAAGGGUUAUGUACUGGGAGGUUUUGUAUAUACGGUA